GGACAAGACCAUUUUCUACAUACAUCACACAUUCACCUAUAUUGGGCACAUGAUUUUAAUCACGGAUUAUUAUUGAUUAUCUCUUAUUUUGACAAGAACGCUAGCUAGCUAGGUGGCUGCGGACUGGUAAAGUAACAGUAUUCCAUCAACGGUACCUCUGAAUAGCGGGCGGGAGGUGGGGCCGUGGCCCAUUUCACUUCCUUAAUGCAACAACUCCAUCACGUCAGGGGCACGAAACGGAGGGACGGCGGUGGAAACCUUUCUCAACUUUUUUCCUUGGGAUAUAUUUAUUUAAUCGAAGCCACUUUUGGUGACUAUGGCUGCUCUUUCAGCCUGGUUUUGGAACGAGAGAUUUUGGCUCCCACAUAAUGUGACUUGGGCGGACCUUGCAGACCCAGCGCCCGGGGUGGAGUAUCCAAAAGCCAGUCACUUGCUCUCUGCCUUACCGCUGGCUUUGGGGAUCUUUGUGGUCAGAAUACUAUUUGAGAGGUUCAUAGCCAGUCCAUGUGCCUUCCUCUUGCAUAUUCACGCUGCCUCAGUCCACUGGCGAGCCACACCCAACCCUAUCCUGGAGAAGGUGUUUACAUCCAACACAAAGUGCCCAGACUGGCGACACCUGGAUGGGUUAUCUAAGCAGCUGGACUGGGAUGUGAGGAAGGUCCAGCGAUGGUUCAGACAAAGACGCAACCAGGAUAAGCCCAGCAUACUCACCAAGUUCUGUGAGAGCAUGUGGAGGUCUACAUUUUAUCUGUGCAUAUUUACCUAUGGGAUUCGUUUUCUUUGGCAGUGCCCAUGGAUGUGGGAUACACAGCACUGCUGGUACAACUACCCCUACCAGGUCCUGACUCCAGGCCUGUACCACUACUACGUGACUGAGCUGGGCUUCUACUGGUCCCUCAUGUUCUCUCAGUUUACUGACAUCAAACGCAAGGACUUUCCCAUCAUGUUCAUCCAUCACCUAGCAACGGUGAGCCUGAUCAGUUUCUCCUACGCUAACAACAUGCUACGUGUUGGGAGUCUGGUGAUGUGUGUCCACGAUGCAUCAGACUUCAUACUGGAGGCAGCCAAGCUGGCCAACUACGCCAAGUACCAGCGGUUGUGUGACUUCCUGUUUGUUCUGUUUGCAGUAGUCUUCUUCAUCACACGGCUCGUCAUCUACCCUCUACGGAUCCUGAACACAACGUUGUUUGAGAGCUGGGAGAUCAUUGGACCAUACCCUUCCUGGUGGCUCUUCAACUGCCUACUGCUGGUGCUACAGAUGCUGCACGUCAUCUGGUCCUACCUCAUAGCCGGGAUAGCCUACAAGGCCUUGGUCCGAGGAAAGGUGUCUAAGGAUGACCGCAGUGACGUGGAGAGCAGCUCGGAGGAGGAGGCUGACACCAACGGGACCAACGACAGGGGGGUUAAAAUGGCUUUCUCUCCAAAGGCAGAGAACGGCACCAAUGGCACCAACGGCCACGCCGUCACCACUAAAAGCUGGCCACAGAUACGCACCAGCAGCAGAACUAACAAUGAUCGGUGACUAUGACAGCAUACGAUGGAUGAAUAGACACACUACUGUGACCCAUAGAAUCAAAACUGAUGAAAUGAAGAAAAAAAUGUGCAUUCCCUGAUGUCAAGUGAAUGGGUCUGUAGAUAUUUGCAGUACCUUAUGAACAUAGAACAUUUGCUUGUAUUCCAUUUGUUUAAUGUGAUGCUGCAGUUUGCUGGAGAUGAUCUAUUCUCUCCUUUUUAUUGGUCAGGUGAACUUGAGUUACUACUGUAUAUUUUAAGUAAUUGUUCAGUUACUUUGUUUCUGCUCAGUUCUGUUGACUGUUUCUAUAUUAUUAAUAUGAGACCAAUGUUUAACAUUUUUAAAAUGUCUUUGGUAAAAAAAUGCAUACGAAUUUAAAUGUGAAGAAGCCAACAGAAUCCUCUUCAGUGGAGAUCAUUCAUAGAUGUGGUGUGUAUUAGGGCUAAUAAUGUGAGUGUUGAGUAGAGACAAAAAUAGAUGUUUAUUUGUGUAA